AAUUUAAUGAAUUGCUUCACUCCUUGGUUAAGUACAAAAAAACAGAGAAUUGAAGAACACAAAUUCUUUGAACUGAAAAGCUUCAAUAAUUCAUAUCGCUGCUUCAAUGGUUUGGAUAUGGACAACCGUAGCAGUAGCCAUAGCUGUCUAUCUUCUCCUCCGUGAGCUGCUAAACAUCAAGAAAAAACUCCCUCCUGGCCCAAAGGGUAUUCCCAUUUUGGGACAUCUUCAUUUGCUGGGCAAAACUCCCCACCAAGAUCUUCAUAAGCUAGCCAAGAAACACGGUCCCAUUAUGUAUAUGCGUUGGGGUUUCGUUCCUGCGAUCAUUGUUUCUUCCCCGGAGAUAGCCGAAGUGGCGCUCAAGACCUGCGAUCAUGUCUUCGCCGACAGGCCGUACCAUGAGGCGUCCAUGUAUAUCGCGUACGGCCAGAGGAACUUCAUCUUCUCAAAGUAUGGUUCUUAUUGGCGCAACGUUCGGAAGAUGUGCACUUUGCAGCUCCUGAGUAGUCACAAGAUCAACUCCAUGCAAUCCAUGAGGAUGCGAGAGGUUUCCCUCUUGAUUGGGUCUCUGAAACGCGCCGCCGCUCACGGCGGCGCUGCUGUUGAUCUCAGCGCCAUGGUUUCGUCCUUAAGCGCGGACAUGAGCUUCCUGAUGGUGGUGGGGAAGAAGUACUUGUCCUCCGAGGAAAUUGUAGCAGUGGUUCGGGAAGUUGUUCAUUUGGCAGCCAUGCCAAAUCUUGGAGACUACAUCCCUUACCUGGGAAUUCUUGAUUUCCAGGGCCUGACUCGCCGGAUGAAGGCGGUUGCCAAGGUGUUUGAUGGGUUUCUUGAGAAAAUCAUCGAAGAACAUGUCCAGUCCAAAGCCCAGAAGGAAACCAAAGACUUUGUUGACACCAUGCUGGAAAUUAUGCAGUCUGGAGAAACAGACUUCGAGUUUGAUCGUCGCCAUGUCAAAGCAAUCAUGUUGGACAUGAUUUCGGCUUCCAUGGACACAUCUGCAACAUCAGUAGAGUGGAUAAUGACAGAGCUUAUACGCCAUCCCCAGGCAAUGAAAAAGCUACAGAAAGAGGUGGAAGAAGAAGUAGGCAUGGAAAGAAUGGUGGAAGAAUCAGACCUGGAGAAGCUCAAGUACUUAGACAUGGUUGUCAAGGAAGGCAUGAGGCUUCACCCUGCAGUCCCAUUACUGCACCAUCAAUCCAUGGAAGAUUGCCAAGUAAAGGGCUACCAUAUCCCCAAGGGAUCAAGGGUUGUCAUCAACGUUUUAGCUCUUCAAAAGGAUCCCAUUGCCUGGCCCGAACCCGAAAAGUUCAUCCCAGAAAGAUUUGCAGGGAAUAGUGUAGACCUCCGGGGGCGUGAUUUUGAGCUCUUGCCUUUCGGAUCUGGGAGAAGAAGUUGUCCCGGGGUACAGUUGGGGAUUAUUGUGGUUAGUUUAGUUGUGGCUCAAUUGGUGCACUGCUUCAAUUGGGAACUUCCGAAUGGGAUGCAUCCAAAUGAACUUGACAUGAGUGAGCUCUUUGGUUUAGCCACGGGCAGAGCUAAGCCUUUGAUGGCUGUUCCAACUUAUAGACUUCACAAUUGAUUUAAAUCUUAUGCUUUUAAGAGAAGUUAUUUUGUCAUAUAUAUGACUCAUAUCUAUAGCUAAUCCGGCUAUAUUUAAAGUGGGUGGUCCAAAUUAUUUAUUAAAUCUAAAUUUGAAUUGCGUUGUUGGAGUGA